AUUUUCCUUUAUAUAUAUAGAUAUUUAUCUGAAAUUUGUUUACAAUUAUUUUCAAAAUAAAAUUCAAAAAUAAAUUUACUUUUAUAACGAUAAUUGUAUAAAAAUCAUGUUAACCUCCUUCUUAUAAUAUGUAGCGACACAACAGUUGUCAUAUUCUAGUGGAAUAACAAAGGUAGUAACUGGAAACGUAACCGAAUAAUGUGUGUUGACAAUAACAAGAAGAUAUUUAAAAUUAUUAGUGUCAACGGAAAUCAAAGUUUAACCGUCAACAGUGAAGAAUUAAUAUAUGUGUUGUUUCAGUAUUGUUUUCAAAUAAUUGACUCGAUAAAAUGGAAAAUCCAUUAUGGGAACGGAUAUUAAUAGACUGGGUAAACUGUUUGAAACUUUCAAACCCCGUUAAAAAAUUAGAUGAUCUUAGAGAUGGUUUAUUUUUCAAUAAUCUUUAUAAAGUAAUUAAAAAAUCGGCAAAAAUCGAUUCUGACAUAUUGACCUGUAUCUUUGAUACCUUGAGUGAACAUUAUACUGAAUUUUUGAUUCCUAAUAAAUCAGUGAUACAUCUAAAUGAUCUUCCAAAGGAUGAUCUAUGUGCUAUAACUUCACUUUUGAUGCAUUAUACUUGUAUCCAUGACAGAAGGGAAGUAUUCACUUCUCCCCUAUGUUAUAACCUUCAAGAAAACACUCAAAUAAAAAUAAAAAAAUUUUUGGAGAGAAUACAAGAUUGUACAAAACUAAAUAACGCCGAUCUUGCCUCUAUAAUUCAGAAUUGUGCGGAUGAUACCAGUUGUGCAAAUUGGAUUUCAAGCCCUGUAAACAUUUCAUGUGUAAGCCCACUACAUGAUGUCUUACAGACUCCAGUUAAAAACAGUAAAAUUUUUGAAAGAGAAAAAGAAAUUAAUAGGUUAAAAGCUCAAAUAGAGCUUUUUCAAGAAGAAAAAGAGAGUCUUGAAAAGUAUUUAAAGAGUCAAAUAGAAAUGAGAAAGAAACUUGAAAAACAACUGUCUCAAAAAACAUUAGAAAUAUCAAAUCUAAGAAGUGAAGUUCUCGAAUUAGAGGACAGAACACCACCACAUUAUAGAGACAGAGAUUUCAGGGAAAUGCAAAAGAUACUUAGGACUAAAGUUGAUAGUUUGGAACAAAUCUUGGAACAAAGUGACAAGGAGAAUCUUGAACUUCGAGAAGAAAGGGACAAAGUGAAAGCGCAAGUAAAACAACUGGAAAGUCGUUGUGAAGUUUGGUUAGAAAAAUUUAUUGAUGCAGAGAAGAACUUAGAAUCCAUGAGUGAAAAUUACAAGGAACAGUUAAUAAAAAAUGAAAAUCUACAGGCACAUUGUUUGGAACUUGAAACUCUUCUUGAAGAACUAAGACCAAAGUCUAAUAAUGAUAGUUAUAUAGAAGAAAGUUUUCAAAAUUCAUUUCGUGGGUCUAGAGGUUAUGAUAUACAAAGUGAAGACCUUGCUAAGUCCGUUGUAGAUGUUCAGUUAAAAGAGCUGCAAAAAGAAAAUGAUAAAAUGAAAAUAGAUUUAAGGGAAUUGAAAACAGCAUUAAUGGAAAAAAAUUUGGUUGAGGAAGAUUUAAAAUGUGCUCUUUUGAAAUUAGAAGAAACUAAUGUUAAGAUUAGUGAUUUGGAGAUUAAUUGUAACAAAAAAACAAAGAAAAUUGAAGAAUUAUCAAUGUUGCAAAAUGAAACUGAAAAUCAAAAAUUGCAAUUGACAGAAUACCUGACAGAAUGUAACUCUAUUAAAGAUAAGUUAUCAAUUGAUUUGAAAAACUUGAGGGAAAAAUUGAAAAAUGUAAAUGAUGCAAAAGCAGCACUGUCUGAAGAAUUGAUAGAAACAAAAAAAAAUAGAGACAAAUUUAAUGAAAUGAUGAUCGAUUUAAAAGCAAAAUUAGAAGAGGUCAUGUCAGACAAAUGUAAACUGUCUGAUGACUUGAAUAUUUUGGUAGAUAAAAACAAAAAUCUAGAAUUCACUUGUAAUAACAUACAAGCUGAAAAUAAUGAAUUAUUAGAAAAUAUAAGUAUUAGAGAAGCUCUAAAUAAUGAGCUUAAAAUCAAAAUUGAUCAAUUGUCUGAAGAAAUUAAAACACUGAAUACAGUAAAUGAAGAAAUUCUUGAGAAGCUAAAGACCACUAAUGAUAAAUUGUUGGUUUCUGAAAAUUCAUUAAAAACAGCAUUGAAGGAAAAACAUUUGGUUGAGGAAGAUUUAAAAUGUGCUCUUGUGAAAUUAGAAGAAACUAAUGAUAAGAAUAAUGAUUUGGAGAUUAAUUGUAACAAAAAAACGAAGAAAAUUGAAGAAUUAUCAAUGUUGCAAAAUGAAACUGAAAAUCAGAAAUUGCAAUUGACAGAAUACCUGACAGAAUGUAACUCUAUUAAAGAUAAGUUAUCAAUUGAUUUGAAAAACUUGAAGGAAAAAUUGAAAAAUGUAAAUGAUGCAAAUGCAGCACUGUCUGAAGAAUUGAUAGAAACAAGAAAAAAUAGAGACAAAUUUAAUGAAAUGAUGAUCGAUUUAAAAGCAAAAUUAGAAGAGGUCAUGUCAGACAAAUGUAAACUAUCUGAUGACUUGAAUAUUUUGGUAGAUAAAAACAAAAAUCUAGAAUUCACAUGUAAUAACAUACAAGCUGAAAAUAAUAAAUUAUUAGAAAAUAUAAGUAUUAGAGAAGCUCUAAAUAAUGAGCUUAAAAUCAAAAUUGAUCAAUUGUCUGAAGAAAUUAAAAUACUGAAUACAGUAAAUGAAGAAAUUCUUGAGAAGCUUAAGACCACUAAUGAUAAAUUGUUGGAUUCUGAAAAUUCAUUAAAAACAGCAUUAAUGGAAAAAAAUUUGGUUGAGGAAGAUUUAAAAUGUGCUCUUUUGAAAUUAGAAGAAACUACUGUUAAGAUUAAUGAUUUGGAGAUUAAUUGUAACAAACAAACAAAGAAAAUUGAAGAAUUAUCAAUGUUGCAAAAUGAAACUGAAAAUCAGAAAUUGCAAUUGGCAGAAUACCUGACAGAAUGUAACUCUAUUAAAGAUAAAUUGUCAAUUGAUUUAAACAAAUUGAGGGAAACAUUGAAAAAUGUAAAUGAUGCAAAUGCAGAGCUAUCGGGAAAACUAAUAGAAACUGAAAAGGAUAGAGACAAAUUUAAUGAGAUACAAAUCGAGUUAAAAGCAAAAUUAGAUGAAGUCAUCAAGGAUAAUUUAAAUAAAGCAGUAGAUUUGGAGAAGAUUAUGUCAGACAAAUGUAAACUGUCUGAUGACUUGAUUAUUUUGGUAGAUAAAAACAAAAAUCUAGAAGUCACAUGUAAUAACAUACAAGCUGAAAAUAAUAAAUUAUUAGAAAAUAUAAGUAUUAGAGAAGCUCUAAAUAAUGAGCUUAAAAUCAAAAUUGAUCAAUUGUCUGAAGAAAUUAAAACACUGAAUACAGUAAAUGAAGAAAUUCUUGAGAAGCUAAAGACCACUAAUGAUAAAUUGUUGGUUUCUGAAAAUUCAUUAAAAACAGCAUUGAAGGAAAAACAUUUGGUUGAGGAAGAUUUAAAAUGUGCUCUUGUGAAAUUAGAAGAAACUAAUGAUAAGAAUAAUGAUUUGGAGAUUAAUUGUAACAAAAAAACGAAGAAAAUUGAAGAAUUAUCAAUGUUGCAAAAUGAAACUGAAAAUCAGAAAUUGCAAUUGACAGAAUACCUGACAGAAUGUAACUCUAUUAAAGAUAAGUUAUCAAUUGAUUUGAAAAACUUGAAGGAAAAAUUGAAAAAUGUAAAUGAUGCAAAUGCAGCACUGUCUGAAGAAUUGAUAGAAACAAGAAAAAAUAGAGACAAAUUUAAUGAAAUGAUGAUCGAUUUAAAAGCAAAAUUAGAAGAGGUCAUGUCAGACAAAUGUAAACUAUCUGAUGACUUGAAUAUUUUGGUAGAUAAAAACAAAAAUCUAGAAUUCACAUGUAAUAACAUACAAGCUGAAAAUAAUAAAUUAUUAGAAAAUAUAAGUAUUAGAGAAGCUCUAAAUAAUGAGCUUAAAAUCAAAAUGGAUCAAUUGUCUGAAGAAAUUAAAAUACUGAAUACAGUAAAUGAAGAAAUUCUUGAGAAGCUUAAGACCACUAAUGAUAAAUUGUUGGAUUCUGAAAAUUCAUUAAAAACAGCAUUAAUGGAAAAAAAUUUGGUUGAGGAAGAUUUAAAAUGUGCUCUUUUGAAAUUAGAAGAAACUACUGUUAAGAUUAAUGAUUUGGAGAUUAAUUGUAACAAACAAACAAAGAAAAUUGAAGAAUUAUCAAUGUUGCAAAAUGAAACUGAAAAUCAGAAAUUGCAAUUGGCAGAAUACCUGACAGAAUGUAACUCUAUUAAAGAUAAAUUGUCAAUUGAUUUAAACAAAUUGAGGGAAAAAUUGAAAAAUGUAAAUGAUGCAAAUGCAGCACUGUCUGAAGAAUUGAUAGAAACAAGAAAAAAUAGAGACAAAUUUAAUGAAAUGAUGAUCGAUUUAAAAGCAAAAUUAGAAGAGGUCAUGUCAGACAAAUGUAAACUAUCUGAUGACUUGAUUAUUUUGGUAGAUAAAAACAAAAAUCUAGAAGUCACAUGUAAUAACAUACAAGCUGAAAAUAAUAAAUUAUUAGAAAAUAUAAGUAUUAGAGAAGCUCUAAAUAAUGAGCUUAAAAUCAAAAUUGAUCAAUUGUCUGAAGAAAUUAAAACACUGAAUACAGUAAAUGAAGAAAUUCUUGAGAAGCUAAAGACCACUAAUGAUAAAUUGUUGGUUUCUGAAAAUUCAUUAAAAACAGCAUUGAAGGAAAAACAUUUGGUUGAGGAAGAUUUAAAAUGUGCUCUUGUGAAAUUAGAAGAAACUAAUGAUAAGAAUAAUGAUUUGGAGAUUAAUUGUAACAAAAAAACGAAGAAAAUUGAAGAAUUAUCAAUGUUGCAAAAUGAAACUGAAAAUCAGAAAUUGCAAUUGACAGAAUACCUGACAGAAUGUAACUCUAUUAAAGAUAAGUUAUCAAUUGAUUUGAAAAACUUGAAGGAAAAAUUGAAAAAUGUAAAUGAUGCAAAUGCAGCACUGUCUGAAGAAUUGAUAGAAACAAGUAAAAAUAGAGACAAAUUUAAUGAAAUGAUGAUCGAUUUAAAAGCAAAAUUAGAAGAGGUCAUGUCAGACAAAUGUAAACUAUCUGAUGACUUGAAUAUUUUGGUAGAUAAAAACAAAAAUCUAGAAUUCACUUAUAAUAACAUACAAGCUGAAAAUAAUGAAUUAUUAGAAAAUAUAAGUAUUAGAGAAGCUCUAAAUAAUGAGCUUAAAAUCAAAAUUGAUCAAUUGUCUGAAGAAAUUAAAACACUGAAUACAGUAAAUGAAGAAAUUCUUGAGAAGCUAAAGACCACUAAUGAUAAAUUGUUGGUUUCUGAAAAUUCAUUAAAAACAGCAUUAAUGGAAAAAAAUUUGGUUGAGGAAGAUUUAAAAUGUGCUCUUUUGAAAUUAGAAGAAAUUACUGUUAAGAUUAAUGAUUUGGAGAUUAAUUGUAACAAAAAAACAAAGAAAAUUGAAGAAUUAUCAAUGUUGCAAAAUGAAACUGAAAAUCAGAAAUUGCAAUUGGCAGAAUACCUCACAGAAUGUAACUUUAUUAAAGAUAAAUUGUCAAUUGAUUCAAACAAAUUGAGGGAAACAUUGAAAAAUGUAAAUGAUGCAAAUGCAGAGCUAUCGGGAAAACUAAUAGAAACUGAAAAGGAUAGAGACAAAUUUAAUGAGAUACAAAUCGAGUUAAAAGCAAAAUUAGAUGAAGUCAUCAAGGAUAAUUUAAAUAAAGCAGUAGAUUUGGAGAAGAUUAUGUCAGACAAAUGUAAACUGUCUGAUGACUUGAUUAUUUUGGUAGAUAAAAACAAAAAUCUAGAAUUCACUUGUAAUAACAUACAAGCUGAAAAUAAUAAAUUGAUAGAAAAUAUAAGUAUUAGAGAAGCUCUAAAUAAUGAGCUUAAAAUCAAAAUUGAUCAAUUGUCUGAAGAAAUUAAAACACUGAAUACAGUAAAUGAAGAAAUUCUUGAGAAGCUAAAGACCACUGAUGAUAAAUUGUUGAUUUCUGACAAUUCAUUGAAAACCGCGUUAAAAGAGAAAAAUAUUGCGUGUGAAGAAUUAGAUACUACUAAAAUGGAAUUUAAUAAAAUAUCUAAUGAGUAUCAAUUAAACAAAGAGAAAAAUUUCAAUGAAGUACAAAAAUUAAAAUUGGACAUGGAUAAACUCAUUUUUGAAAAAUCUAAAUUAAAAGAUUCCCUUGAAAUGGUAUUAGAAGAAAAAAAAAUUAUUUCUGAUUUUCUGGAUUUGAAUAACAGUGAAUUGCAAAAAGCUCUACAAGAAAAAGAUGUGAUUUUAGAAGCACUUGAACUCAGCAAUAAUGAGAUGAGUAUUGUGCAAGCAGAAAAAGAAACAUUACUAAAAGAAAUUGAAAAGUUAUCACUGGUUAAAAAUGAAUUUUCGGAACAGUUAGACAAAGUUUCACAGGAAAAUGUUGAUAUAACUGAAAAAAAUAAAAAUAAUGCUAAACAAGUUGAAGACUUAUCAGAUAAAGUUAAACAGCUAACAGAAGAAAAUACACACCUUUUAGGAAGAUUUAUGUCUAUAUCUACUGAUUUAGAAGAAAAAUAUGCAACUAUCGAAUUUCUACAAGAAUCCUGUAAUACAUUGAAACAAGAAGUGGAAGAAAAGUCAGAUCUUUUAGAAAAAAUGUCAGAAGAGCAUAAAGACAUUUUUGAUAUUGUUGAUAGACUUUCACAAGAAAAAAAUGAAAUGAAAGAUACUAUAGACUCACUCUCUGAAGAAAAAAUGCAACUAAUUAAAAAUGUGACUGAUUUAAUUGAGGAAAAGAAUAAGCUUAUUGACUGUUUAGAUCUAACAGAUAAAGAACUUCAAAAAGUCAAGAAAGAUAGAGAUGAUUUAUCAGAUCGGUAUAGUAAAUUAAUUAAGGAAAAUGAGACUAAUUUAUUAUUUGCACAUCAAAGUGCUGUAGGAGUGAAAAAUGAUCUUUUGAAGAGGAUAGAAAUUGCCGAAGCAGAAAAGGAAAUUAUAAGAAAACAAAUGGAACACGAUACUAAAAAUGUACAAGAUUCUUAUGUUUCGGUGGUACAAGCAAAUUCUAAGUUGGAGUUAGAUAUUCUUAACUUACGAAAGAAAUUAGAAGAAAAAAAUCAGAAGAUAAACGAGUUUGUUCAAAUUAAAGAAGCAUACGAAAAGUUAUUGGAAGAAAAUAAUAGACUUUUGACUGAUAUUGACACAAUAAAGUACAAGAGAUCUAGAGAUAGAGAAGAAUUUGUGAUAUUACUGAAAAAAGAGCGAGAAGAAGGUAUCACAAGAGAAAACAGAAAGGUCAAGGAAGUGAUUUUCGAAUAUGAAAAAAAAUUGGAAAAGAUGAAAGAAAAAAUGAUAAAAUUAUAUAGUGAAGAAGUCAGCAAGGAAAUUAUGAAAGUUAAAGCACAACAAAGUGAAAGUAAGUUCAUUGGGGAAAUGAAAGAAGACAUUAGAAAAGGGGUAAUUAGAACACAACAAAAACCCCAUAUGUUAGAAAAUCAACAAGAUAUGUUGAGAUCCAAAUCCAUCUACACUUCCAGAGAGUCUUUAAUGUCUUCAAAGAUUAGUAAUUCUAAUCGAGGUAGUGUAACAUCCCUAAGGUCGAUAGGAAAUAUGGCUGAAAGUAAAGUGGACCAUUCGCAAGCAGUUAAAAAGGUGAAAAGCACAUCUGUAUUACACAGUAACGACAAUGCAUGUGCAAGGAAAUCAGCAACAUUACCUCGAGCGAUUACUCGGAUUCAAGAAACUGUUACAGUGUCCAAAACAACUUCGACAAAUGUACCAAAUAUUGAAAUGGAAGAUGAAGAUGAUGAUUUUAAUAAUAAAUAUUUGACAGAUUUGAAAGCUGGACGUUGCGUCAUAGGUGAAAAUGAAAAAGAAUCGAUUGGAAGGUUUUCUGAGUUGGCGUGGAGAAAUUCGAUGUUACCGCCACAUUUGAAAUCGUCAUAUCCAGCCGAAACACAAUUCGUUAGCCCUUCCAAGUUCCGAGAAGAUGAUCUAAAGGGGGGUAAUAUUGAAUUAAAUGAUAGUCUCAGUAAAUUACUUCCUGGUGAAAAACCUCGCCAAAAGAAAGAUUUUGGUACAACUACUUACAAAAAACCAGGUCCACCGACACCGAGUAAAAACGGAGGGAGGUUGUCUCUUCAAGGAAAUGAAGUUCAACCAUUACCAUUGAGAGAACAAAAUGAAAGAACACCGAAAAAACUUACUCCUAGUAGAAUUAGAUCACUUUUUAUGGGAAAGAGUAAUAUCAAGGAUAAUUCUGAGGUCUGUUGCUUUUUAGAAAUAAUUUUCUAUUUUUACUCUCAUCAUGCACAUAUAUACAGACAAAUUUUUUAUUGUUGCAAAUGCUUAUAAAUCUGUUGAUAUUAUAUAAGCAUACGAUUUUCAAAUACGAAACCCUGUAUAUUUAUAGGAAGAUAGAAAAAAAUGAGUAUCGAGCUGUCAUUAAAUUUUUAAUAGUCUAUACAAAUGAAAAAGGAAUUAGAACAGUGUAUGGAGACUCUGUACUAGGGUAAAAUUUUGGCAGCUGAAUUCGAAAUUUGCAAUUUUUUCAAAAUAGUUCAUUUGGUUUAUGAACAAACCAGGUCGCAUCAGCUUGACAAACCAUAAAAAUAUACAUUUUUCUCCAAACAACAAAAAAUUUUGACAUUUUUGUACUAUUUUCAGGUGCAAAAACCAUCAAUUCCCUUGCCGUACAAAAAUUUGCUCGUUGCUUAGCAACACUUUUAAUCCUAGAAUUAAAAACUCUACGUUUAAUCCUAAGACUAAAAGUAAUUGCAUUUGAGCUCUCUAAUUUAAAUUUGAAGAAAAAAACAUUGUCUCUUACAAACUUAGUAAAACAAACUAAUUGGGCAACUAUAUAUAGGUAUUUAUUUGUUAUUUAUAGUGAUAUUGAAUGUACAAUUAGAACAAUUAUUGCCAAAAUUCAAAGCACCACUGAAAUUAUCACUAACAAUUUUCGAACAAUUCAAAAGAUUCUCAUUAAUGUUAGAACAACUCAAAAUAUUCUCCGUAACUAUUGAUGAAACAAUCGAGGAAAUAUCUGAACAGGUACUUGUACCCUCUUUGACAGGUUGCAAUAUGUUUCUGGCAGUAUUCUCUUUGUUUAUGCUUGAUUCUUCAAUAUAUCCUUCUGCUACCGUAUUCGAUUUCCAAGCUCCAUGUCUUUUAAGACAAGUGAGAUCACCGCCACCAUCAAUAAGAAGUGUAGCAAAUGUUCUUCUUAGCAGUAUACUCCUUCCAAUUUUAUAACUUCAAAAAUUUUGCAAUUUCUUGCGCAAUAUUGCUCGUAAAAAAAUAUGCACUUUUAAUCCUUAUAAUAUAAUAUACUAUUAAUUAUUAAAAUCUUUAAAAUAGAAUUAAUAGAAAAAUGGAUAAUUGAUAAAUAAGACCUAAAUAAAAAUUUCUAAUAAUUGCUAAAAUAAGAAUUUAUUAUAAAAUUUUGCAAUUUUAUUUAUUUAAUUGCAUGUUAUCUAAAAACAUGAUAUGAAAGUUUAAUAGAACGUUUCAGUUUAUUAUUAAAGUGGUAGCUGAUCAUUUUCAUGUCCCUCAUCAUUGGAAAGAAAGAUGUAUUGAUUGGUAGAUAUUAUUGAAAUUUUUACGAAUUUUUCUUUCAUUUCCCUUUUUACCCCAUUUUUGAGAAAAAUAAUUUCAGAUUCGUAAUUAGCAACUUCAAAAACAUCAAAUAAAAAUUAUUUAAGCGAUUAGUACUUCCGGGGUUACUACAAGGUCUAUUUGGGGUGAGUCUAGCUCGCCUAGUAGGUAAACACGAGUUCAGACUCAGAAGUUUAUAACGUGAGUUUAUAAAUGUGUAUGGGUCCGAAUAACGGGAUCUGCUCUCGUAAAUAAAAUAAUUAUUAUUUGAUUGAAUGAUAAUUAAUAUUUUAUUUUAUUUUAGAAUCAACCAGUUACUCCAACGAAACGAUUAAGCAUUUUCCGAAAACAACGUUAAGUAUUAUUGGAUUCCAUACAAUUUGUUUUAUAGUUUUUUAAUAAAUAACUUAUAUAAUUA